AAUCAGGUUGCACACCAGCUAUAAAAAAAGUAUUCUCCUGUUUCUAGGAGUGAGUAUCAGUCUUGUUUAUUCAAGUGGAAGGCAGGAGUGUGGGCUUGUGUCUUGGAGCAGCAGAAAUAGAGCAGAGAAGAUUCUUGACAUAUGAGUGAAAUGGAGUUAACAAUGGAGCCAUCAGAAGAAUUUUUGUUCAAACAUAAAGGAAUUUAUUUCCAUCCACACCUUGUUACACGUGAAUACAUAGAUUCACUGGAGCAUUUUGAAAUCAGAGACAGUGAUGUAUUUGUAGUUACUUAUCCAAAAUCAGGGACUGUGUGGACUCAGAAUAUUUUGAGCUUGAUUUAUCAUGAAGGCCAUCGAGAUGGAACAGAAAAUAUGGAAACAAAACUCAGAGUCCCAUGGCUGGAGUAUAACAUACAUAAUAUCGAUAAAGUCCAUCGUCCAUCACCUCGUCUCUUUGCUACUCACCUGCCUUACUAUUUAGUUCCAAGAGAUCUGAGGAACAGAAGAGCAAAAGUUAUUUAUGUAGCCAGAAAUCCAAAGGACGUUGUGGUUUCCUAUUUUCAUUUUUCCAGCCUUUCAGUCGUACUUGAGACAAUACCAGAUUUUAAUAUUUUUCUGGAGAGGUUUUUAGCUGGGAAAGUACUGCCUGCCUCCUGGUUGGAUCAUGUCAGUGGCUGGUACACCCACAGGGAUGACUUCAAUAUUCUCUUCCUCACCUAUGAGGAGAUGAAGAAGGAUCUCAGAAGCACUGUGCUGAAAAUCUGCAGAUUCUUAGGAAAGCAGCUAAAUGAAAAAGAGCUGGACACUGUUGUGGAAAAUGCUACAUUUGAUAAAAUGAAAACUGAUCCCAGGGCAAACUAUAAUUCCAUGGAAGGCAAUCUCCUGGAACGAGGCAAAGGACACUUUCUUCGCAAAGUGAAAUAAAUCAGUACAAGAAGAUGAUAACUGAGAUGUAUAAAACCACUGGUUCCUAAAACAAAAUUAGUGACAUUGUCUAGAAAUACUGGGUCAAAUUAGUUGCACUGCAGUCAAAGUUAUUAUUUGACCCACACCUUCAGGACUGGAAAUGUUCCACCAAAGCCCUAGAGAGCUACGUUCUGGGGAGAUGAGAGAGGAAGGAACUGAGGAGAAAGGGAACUGCACCCAACUAGCAGCAUUCACAGCCUCUUACCCGCCCAAGCGAUAUUCAAAUUAUAAUCAAAUGUCCAAGUGGCAGCAGAGCAUCUAACCACCAAUGCCUCUUCU